GAAAGCUAGAAAGAAGGUCUGCGGAGACGCUGGACUCCACCUGGAUGCGGCGGGGUUAGGAACGAUGGAAUGCUCUGGUAGAGACGAGAGCGCUGCCUCCAGGGAGAAGGAUGAGAGUGAGCCCUAUUUAGGAAUCACUUAAUGACCUUCGACAUUCAAAGGCCAGAGCCGACCCUCAAUAACGCGCUUCGUAGUGCGGCCUGCAGGCCGAAAGCAUCCUAGUUACGGACGCGCUAUGGUGGUUUGGGGCUGUCUCUGAACUUGAGAACCACCCGCUUCAGCCUUCCCAGUAGCUGGGAUUACAGCCACAUGUGCCACAUCAGCCUGGCUCCCAUGGAAUGGCUGGCUAGAAUCUAGCACAUCUGCAGCUCAGAGAGGACUUGAACCAGACCUCCCAACUCUGCAAACUUCAGCUUGGACAUAAAUUCCAGGUUUGCCCUAUGUGUCACUGGCUCAGCAGAUGGCACCACCCAGUCCGAGCAACGGCACCCCUAACAGCAAUGGGAGCAGUGGGAAUGACCAGCUGAGCAAAACCAACCUGUACAUCCGAGGACUGCAGCCAGGCACUACUGACCAGGACCUCGUCAAGCUGUGUCAGCCAUAUGGCAAGAUUGUCUCCACUAAGGCCAUACUGGACAAGACCACAAACAAAUGCAAAGGCUAUGGCUUUGUGGAUUUUGACAGUCCUUCAGCAGCACAGAAGGCUGUAACAGCUCUGAAAGCCAGUGGUAUACAGGCGCAAAUGGCAAAGCAACAGGAGCAGGACCCCACAAACUUAUACAUCUCAAACCUCCCACUGUCCAUGGAUGAGCAAGAACUGGAGGGAAUGCUGAAGCCCUUUGGCCAGGUUAUCUCCACCCGAAUUCUUCGAGACACCAGUGGAAUCAGCAGAGGGGUUGGCUUUGCAAGGAUGGAGUCCACAGAGAAGUGUGAAGCCAUCAUCACCCACUUUAAUGGAAAAUAUAUUAAGACUCCCCCCGGUGUACCAGCCCCAUCUGAUCCCUUGCUUUGUAAAUUUGCUGACGGUGGGCCAAAGAAACGACAGAACCAAGGAAAAUUUGUGCAAAAUGGACGGGCCUGGCCAAGGAGUGGAGACAUGGGUGGUAUGGCCUUGACUUAUGACCCCACCACAGCUCUUCAGAAUGGGUUUUACCCAGCCCCUUAUAAUAUCACCCCCAACAGGAUGCUGGCUCAGUCUGCACUCUCCCCAUAUCUUCCAUCUCCUGUGUCUUCCUAUCAGAGAGUGACUCAGACAUCUCCUCUACAAUUACCUAACCCAUCUUGGAUGCACCACCAGUCAUACCUCAUGCAGCCUUCAGGUUCAGUUCUGACACCGGGGAUGGAUCACCCCAUUUCUCUCCAGCCUGCCUCCGUGAUGGGGCCCCUUACCCAGCAACUGGGCCACCUCUCGCUCAGCAGCACAGGCACGUAUAUGCCAACUGCCACAGCUAUGCAAGGAGCUUACAUCUCACAGUACACCCCUGUGCCUUCUUCCAGUGUUUCAGUUGAGGAGAGCAGCGGGCAACAGAAUCAAGUGGCAGUGGAUACGCCCUCAGACCACGGGGUCUAUUCUUUCCAGUUCAGCAAGUAAGCAGUUGACCCUGCCUAACUGGUCUUUUUAUGCUUUUUAAUUUUAUGAAUUUCUUUUUUGAAUGAAAGUUUAUAUGGAAUUUUGGGAGCUGAGCAAGGAGUGGAAGUGGCUUUCUCCCUGGCCCUGCCACAUCUUAGGAGAAGAGACUAGACUUUGCCUUCAGGAAGCAGAAAUGUGAUCUAAACUCAUUUGAGAGAUGACCCACAGCUUUGGAACUUACCUUGAAGCAAAUUUGGUUGAAGACUAGAUUUCAGCAACUCUAAGCAAUCUCCAGAAGGAUGGACUGACUGACUUCUGGCUAGCUCUUCUCACUGCAAAGGCCGUUGCCCUCUGAGGAAGGUGUCUUUUCCAGAUCCAACUUUUUCAGAAUACCUGCCGUCCUGCCUCCUGGAGGAUCUUUUCUGCCCAGAUUGUGUGGCCUGUCUUCCCUGCUGCAUUGCUGUGCUUUGUGUUCCAGGUCUUUAUAGCUGUGACCUUGCUGCAGAUCAAUCAUUCUCAAGGAGGGUGGUUUUAUUCCCCAGAGGCCAUUGCAGUUAUCUGGUGACAUUUUUUAUUGCUAUGCCUGUGAGUGGAAGUGUGUGCAAUUGGCAUCUAGUUGCUAGAGACCAAGGAUGCCACUAAACAUCUACAGUGCACAGGAGAGCCCCAUUAUACCCAGCAAAGAAUUGUUUAGUUCAAAACAUCAACAGGGCCAAGAUUGAGAAACCUUGAUAUAGACAGUGUUUCCCUGACUUCUGGGCUGGGGUAAAUUCUUACCUAGUCCUGGACGUACAGUGCCUUUUAACACUCAUGCAACUGGUUGGAACAGAUGGAACUGGUAUCCUUGAAUUCCCCCUGGGCUCUGACAUUGAUGCUUCUGCAUAUAACAAGAGCUGUCUUUGUAAGGCUCAUGGCUCUUGUGCACAUGCUAAAUGCACACACAUACUUGGAGGGAGGAAAGUACAGAUUAUUCUGUGUGUGUGCUAUGCACGGAUGGGAAAGGAGCUCUGAUGUGCUCUGGUGUGUUUAGACCCCUUCCCUAGGGAGCCAGAACAUUGGAAAUAAUUUUCCUUCUUGUUGAAGGACAAUAGGGAGCUAGGGUAGAAAAAGAGAAUACAUCCCAUCUCAUAAUUUACAAGGUCAGAUCUUUAUAAAUGCCUCUACCUAGCCCUGCCAGAUGUGGUGGUACGGGCCUGUCAUCCCAGUGACCAUAGAGAGGUGGAGGAAGGAGGAUCACAACUUUGAGGUCAGCCUGGGCAACUUAGCAAGACCCUUCUCAAAAUAAAAAAUAGAAAGGGCCAAAGAUGUGGCUCAAUGGUAAAGCAACUCAAUUAAAAAAAAAAAAAAAAAAAAGCUUCUAUUUUUCUUACAUCAAGAUAAGUAGGAAAAUGCUUUUUCUCAUCUUCUUCUGGAAAAUAAGGUCCUGCUUCUCCUACCUUCUCCCAAUCAUUCUCCUGUACCAAAAGGAGAAUUUUGUUCCCCUUACUCCAAGACCAGGAGGCAUCUCCACCAGGCAAAGCAAAUAAUGGAGAUGGAGAAAUAGGUGUUCAUAGGCUGGUAUGGAGAAAAAGACUAUAAAAGCAGGAAGAGAAACUGAGAUGUCAGUGGCUGCACAUAUAGCUAGGCCCAGCUUUCCCUUCUUUCCCUCCCACCCCACAACUGAGAGUCUCAGUCUUCCCUGCCCUCAGGCUUUGUACAUCUUGGGGAUAAGGGGGUUGGGGGCAGUGGGUAGGAUACAAAGUAUAAAGAAUUGGUGCUUUCAAACCCCAGGUUAGUCUUAUCCAGUGUCAAAGCCCCAAGUCCAGUAACCUUCCAGAAGGGUUUAGCUAAGCAGACAGUGCUUGCUUUUGACUCUAGCCUUCAGUAAAGUGAAAUAUACCAGAGCUGCUCUCUCAUCAGUGGCAUUUAAGAAAAAGAGAAAACAGCUAGCUAGGCAUAGUGAGGCACACAUGUAAUCCCAACAGCUUGCAGGGCUGAGGAGGAGGAUCACUAGUUCAAAGCAGGCCUCAGCAAUUUCGCCAGGCCCUAAGCAACUCAGCAAGACCCUGUCUCAAAACAAAAAGGGCUGGGGAUGUAGCUCAGAGGUUAAGCAUCCCUGGGUCCAAUACCUGAUAUGGGGAAAAAAAAAAAAAAAUCCAGAAUUCCAUUUAUUUGCCUGAAGGUAGAUUGGGGAGGUCUUGCUGGUAGGUUGUUUGGGGGUUGCCUUUCCUACAUAGAAACUGGUGGUGUUUCUGCUGCCCUUCCUCUGCCUCCCAGAAUCCCUGAUUGUCUCCUUUCUCUGUAUUUUCAAAAUUGUUUAAAUGGCUGUGAUUUUUACUUUGUUUGAAAAUCUUAAAGUUACCUUUUUUUGGUUCUCAUAUGAA